GCAUCGCUUGUUCGCCUGUUUGGUCUAUGGCCGUUACAUAUGCGUGCGGCGCCAUGGCAUAUCGGCAUAUCGGCGGAUCUGCGUAUCGGCAUGCAGUGUACAGUAUACGCCGAACAAUGAGCAACGAAAAGAAAUCGAAAUAAAAGAGUAGCGAUUGAAGAUAUGGAUAGCGGAUUUGGUAAUCGGUCAUGUUCCCGUAAUCGACAGAGUGUUAAAAUGAGUGUUCGCGCGACCGUUUUGAUUCUCGGAAUUGCCAUUGGUUCGAUACUGUUUGCGUAUGCGGGGUUUUCGGUCAGAGGCGACGCAUACGAUGAGAAUUCGUUGAUACUGCAAACGAUAUUCGUAUUCCGUCACGGAGAUCGGACGCCAACGGAGACUUAUCCCAAGGAUCCUUAUCGCGACCACGAAUGGGAGGGAGGUCUAGGAGCUUUGACCAAGAAUGGUAUGCGUCGAAUGUACAAUGUCGGCCAAUGGAUACGCGAGAACUACGGCUCCGUAAUUGGCGGCAAGUACGAGAGCAAGCUGAGCCUGGUUCGAAGCAGUUAUGCGGAUCGUUGCUUAAUGUCCGCGCAGGCUUUACUGGCUGGUUUGUAUCCGCCGGCACCCGACGAAAUCUUUGUAGAAGGACUAAAUUGGCGUCCCGUUCCCGUUUCUUCUACUCCCCGGAACUUGGAUAAGACUAUCGUGGUCAAGGCGGCUUGUCCUCGAUUGGAAGAAGCGUUGAAAGAGGCAUACAGGAACGAAUCUCUGCGGCCGGGUACUCCGUCGAUCGAAUACUAUCGUCAACUCUCCCAGCAUACCGGACAAAACAUCUCCACGAUCACCGACGUUGAGUUUCUGUACAACAUUCUCGAAAUUGAGGAACAGAAUGGCUUGAAGCUACCCAACUGGACAAAUAAAUACUAUAAUCAUGAAAUGCGAGACAUUGCCGCCCGUAGUUUAGCCAUAUUUACCAGUAACAGCUUGCAACAAAGGCUCCGCGGAGGGCCGUUGCUCAAGGAAAUUCUGAAGGGUAUGCGUGCCGCCGUUGCCGGCAAAGACACCAGGCGUGUCUAUCUUUACUCCGCGCACGACAUUACCCUUGUUAAUUUACUGCGGACCAUGGGAUUUACGAGCGAGAACUUUAAACCCGGUUACGGCGCGACGCUCGUCUUCCAACUGUACUUUAGCCCCGACGUUGCGGAUAAGGAUAACAGACACGCCGAAAUAAAGUUAUCGUACUUGAACGAUACGGCCAAAUUCACAACGUAUCCCAUGGAUAUACCAGACUGUGGUGAACCGUGUUUACUUGAAACCGCGAUCGAUCUAUGGAAAAACGUGCUUCCCGGAAACUGGGACGAUGAGUGUUCGUUAUUUCCUUGCACUUUGAGAAUCAAGCAACGUUAUCGACCGACGACAUCCCAGCAACAAUUGCACACGCUGUCAGUUCCACUGAAUGAUAGCGUUCGAUCGCGCCCAUCGUUCUAUUUGUGUUUCAUUUCAGUUAAGAAAAGAGGAUCGUCGAUUGCGAUCUUGUCUCGCCACAAGAUGUUCAGUUGGUUAAAUAGAGAUGACACUGACAGACAAAACGUCUUCGAAAGUGUCACCGAAGGCAUCAAGAAGAUCUACAAGUCGAAAAUGUUGCCUUUGGAACUACACUAUCAGUUCCAUGAUUUUCAUUCUCCUCAACUCGACGACCCAGAUUUUGAUGCAAAGCCAAUGAUACUUUUGGUGGGCCAAUACUCUACGGGCAAGACGACCUUCAUCAAGUAUUUGCUUGAACGAGACUUUCCUGGAAUAAGGAUCGGUCCUGAACCAACGACAGAUCGCUUCAUUGCAGUUAUGUAUGAUGAGAAAGAAGGCGUGAUUCCUGGAAAUGCUUUAGUUGUCGAUCCCAAAAAACAGUUCCGUCCUCUUUCCAAGUUUGGUAAUGCUUUUCUAAACAGAUUUCAAUGUUCUACGGUAGCAUCCCCAGUCCUUAAAGGCAUAUCCAUAGUCGACACGCCUGGUAUUUUGUCAGGAGAAAAACAAAGGGUUGACAGAGGUUACGAUUUUACUGGAGUUUUGGAAUGGUUCGCAGAACGAGUGGAUAGAAUUAUUCUGUUGUUUGAUGCGCACAAACUCGAUAUUUCCGAUGAAUUUAGAAGAUCCAUAGAAGCGUUGCGUGGCCACGACGAUAAAAUCAGAAUUGUCUUGAAUAAAGCAGACAUGAUCGAUCAUCAACAACUAAUGAGAGUAUACGGAGCGCUGAUGUGGUCUCUUGGUAAAGUACUACAAACUCCUGAAGUAGCCAGAGUGUAUAUCGGGUCGUUUUGGGACCAGCCCUUAAGAUACGAUGUAAAUAAGAGAUUAUUCGAAGACGAGGAACAAGAUCUCUUCAGGGAUAUGCAGUCAUUGCCUAAAAACGCGGUUCUUCGAAAGCUAAACGAUUUGAUUAAACGUGCUCGAUUAGCCAAGGUACACGCUUACAUAAUCAGCGCUCUUAAAAAGGAUAUGCCUAGCGUGUUUGGCAAAGACACAAAGAAAAAAGAACGUAUCAAAAAUCUGGGUCAAAUCUACGACCAAAUACAAAGGGAGCAAAAGAUUUCACCCGGCGAUUUUCCAGACUUGAAGAAAAUGCAGGAAUGCUUAGCUCGUCAUGAUUUUACUAAAUUCAGCAGUUUAAAGCCUAAAUUAUUGGAAGUAGUUGAUAAAAUGCUUUGCGAGGAUAUUGCAAAACUCAUGGACAUGAUACCGCAAAAUGAACUCGGUACAGCGUCAGACUCCCUAGUCAAAGGUGGUGCAUUCGAAGGAGUAGAAGAUCAAGUAAGUCCAUUUGGUUACAAACGAGGAGAAGGAAUCGAUGCUGGAGCGGGUGAACCAGAAUGGAUCGUCAAUAAAGAGAGAGGAAAAUAUGACGACAUUUUCAAGAGGCUUGAACCAUACGACGGAAAAAUCGUGGGCUCAGUCGCUAAAGCGGAAAUGUUAAAAUCCAAAUUGCCGAAUAGUGUACUUGGGAAAAUUUGGAAGUUAUCAGACGUUGACAACGAUGGACUUCUGGAUUCCGACGAAUUUGCCUUAGCAAUGCAUUUAAUUAACGUAAAGCUCGAUGGGCAUGACCUCCCUACGGUAUUACCAGACCACUUGGUGCCACCAUCGAAAAGAGAUUUAUAAUUUUCAAUUAUUUCCUCUAUUUUUGUAGAAUACGUUCGCUAUCAAUGUCAAUUCGCCGAUACGUUUCUACCUUCAAAAUGCUUCUUAAAAUUUGAAUUAAUUUACAUCGGUGACUCUACGUCACCUUUUAUCAAUCUAUCACAAUAAUUCAGACAUCACGAUCAAAUUACUCAAACAGCGUUUUGUUCUUUCCAAUUAUUUUCUUUUCCAAAAAGCACUUGAAUUAGUGUCUAUUUGCUCUUUAACCAUUUCGUACCACAUACCGCUUCUUAUAUUUUAUCAUUUCUAUUCAUUUAAAUCGGACUAUUAUAAGAUGUGCGAAUAAGUUUCUCGUUGUUCAAACUGUAUUCGAAAGGCAUUCGAAGAUUCCUAUAACAUAUUGAAUACUAUAUAUAACAUCACAUGACACUCAAAGUUUCUUGCGCGUACGUAAAUACUAUGUAUAUACUAUACAUUGGAAUUUAAGCAUUAGGAAUAACACAUCAAUAAGUGUAUAAACUUUGUGUCUCUUUGGUUUGGCGAAUUGUCUGUCUAUAAUCAUAUACAUAUACUCGAGAAGUGGCCGGAAAUUCACAAAGAAACGUGUAUGUAUUAUAGGUCGCAAAUAUUUCGCUAAUAUAAUUUUUACUAAGAUCAUUAAUUUCACUGUGUUUAUCGUUGUUUUGCAGAAAUUUAAACCGAUUAUGUUCGAUAUCGUCUAAUCACCUGCUACUUAGAAAUAUAAAUUUUACAAAAAUGCUAUCAUUCGAUGAAUAGGGAACAAACUCGUUCCGAAUAACCAUCGAAUUGUCACGUUGAUCCGAUAAACAAUUUCUGUCACAAUCACAUUUUAAAUUCCGAUUUUUAAAUUUCGCACUAGCAUUCACGCACGCGUGUACACAGUUAAUUUUUAUUCAGAAUAGUUUCGCAUUUUCGACUAAAAGUAUUGCAGCUUUAAUAUUAACGGAAUUUUACGUUUCACCCUGGCGAUAAAUCAUAUUUUUACAAUAGAAAAGACAAAAACAUUGUGAAUCUCAAAAAACAGUUACAUUUAAUAUAAUAUUUAAUUUAUUGACAUAGCCAAAUUAUAUCUGGAAAAAGUGGUCACAUCGUAUCGCUUCGCAUUUUAUUAGCACUGCCUCCGCAUAAUGCGUUCUUAUGUGAUAUAGAAACAAAACAAAUAUUUUUAGAUUUUAAUUCAUAUACAAUAGAGAGUAAUUUGCAACGUGUAUAGUAAAUUUAAUCAAAUCAUACUGUUCGAGAGGAAUCAUUCUAUCAAAGGAUCAAAUUCCCUAUUUGGAACAUGUUUCUACUGAGAAUGAGAAAAGUUUCCUCUUUAGUCUUCCCUCGGUCAGUAUGGGCACUUUGUGAGUCAUUCCUGUCCACGAAAAAUUGUUUCCGACACACAGUUUUCACUUUUUAACGUGCCGUAUUGUAUUUUCAUGUUAUCCAUCCGUAUAGAUUGCGUUGUAAUACGAUUGAUAAACGUAUGUAUGAUACAAUGACACAACAGAGACUUAGUAGAAAGAACUGCGUACAUACUCUGCGUUCGCGGAAUUUUGGACAGAAUUAGUAUUGUGACUGGUUGAUACGAACCGAUCCCAGAUCACUUCACGCGAAAACACAAAAUAUUUAAUAACAAUACGAUUACUUUUUGUAACGACAACACAAUCUACUCAUACUGUUCUAUUUAUACAUAUUUGGAAUACAUAUUUGGAAUCUACAAAAUUUUGAUUCCAAUUUACCUUUUAUAUCGGUGUUGGAGUUGUUGCGAUGUCGGUGACGUUUUGGUCCAUAUAAAGAAAAAGUUGAACCUUGUA